AUGUUCACCCGUCUCCUCAUGUUUACCCAUCUCCUUCAUGUUUACCCGUCUCCUCAUGUUCACCCGUCUCCUCAUGUUUACCCGUCUCCUUCAUGUUUACCCGUCUCCUCAUGUUACCCGUUUCCUCAUGUUUACCCGUCUCCUUCUUGCCAACAGGGAGAGUCAGGCUCACCUGGUGCACCUGGAGCUGAUGGGGAUAAGGUAAAUAACAUGAACUGUAAUGUCUAAUUAUUAUUGUACUAUGAAAUCAAUAUGAGCUGUGUUCCUCAGUGCUAUCGGCAUCAUGGUGUGCCUCAUCUCUAUAGGGAGCCAAAGGGGAUAGAGGUGAUGAUGGGAUGCCUGGAGUGGCAGGGGAGAAGGGAGAGCGAGGCCUGAUGGGCCAAACUGGGCUUGCGGUAAGUGUGAUAUGAGCUGUGUCCUGAUGGAUGAUGGGCUAUGGGCAUGGCACAGCAGUCUACUGUCCCCCUGCCUUGUAGAUUUUGUCCAUACAAUGUAUUUUUUUGUCUCUUAGGGAGCUGACGGAAAAAAAGGAGAGAGAGGGGAUUCAAGGUUUGAGGAUGGUCUGGUCAGUAACGAUUUAGAUACCAAACGUGUAUCUGUCAAGUGUGAUACCUCAUCAAGGUCUAGUAGUGUUAUACGAUUGUGCAACGUCUGGUUAUCUUAACACUAAUGCUCUCUGCUCCAGGCCCAUAGGAUCUCUAUCUCGGGCCCUCCAGGGCCUCCCGGGCCCCAGGGUUACCCUGGCCACAUGGUGGGUAACCGGUCCCUCUGUCUUCGUAAUGAUAGGGGGGGUCCUCUGUAGCCUAGUUGGUAGAGCAUGGCGCUUGCAACGCCAGGAUAGUUGGUUAGAUUCCUGGGACCACCCUUACGAAAAAUGUAUGCACGCAUGAUUGUAGGUCGCUUUUAAUAAAAGUGUCUGCUAAAUGGCAUAUAUUACAUAUUAUAGGGGGGGAUAUCAAAAGCUUAAACGUUCUAGAUAUAUUCUCUCUGCAAAUAGAUCCUUGACAAACACUCCAUAA